AUUACUACAUUAUUACAACUGCAAAAGUUAAAUUUGAUUUUGUUUAUGUUGUCAUGUCUUCUUAGAGCUUAGCGACAUUUCUAUUUCCUUGAGUCAUUUAACUUGAACAUAUUUUGAUACUGAAUGUUGUUUUUCAGAAACCAUGUCUCGGUACCGCAAAUGUGCAGUUAGAGGCUGUCAGGACAGUGUUUUAGUAUGGCAUAGAUUCCUGAUCAACAAAUAUGCAACACGACUGAUGAAAUUCUUGGAAAACCAUCAACUUCAGCAUCAUCACAACAGUUGGGAGAAGUUUGCUCAGUUACCACCUCACAACCAGAAAAUCUUGAUGUAACUACAGUAGAAUCCAUUGAGGAGCAUUUUUCAGAAGCAGGUUCCUCAAGGACAGAAUCUGGAUUAUUGCAUAAGGUACAUGUAAUUAGACAAACCCACUUAAGUCCAAAAGCUAAAAAGCUAUAUAAGAUAGCCAGUCACUUCUCUAGAGCUAACAGAAGACUAGGAUGUACGAGAAGGUUGAUUAGAAGUACCACAAGUACAAGAGAAGUAUUAAAUGAGGCAUUGCAGCAAUUGGACAGCACUGUAGCUACUUUUAUCAAAAGCCAGGUCACACAGGGACGCAGAUAUAGCUUAGAAGACAAAUUGAUGGGACUUAUACUUCAUAAACAAAGUGGUAGGGGAUAU